AUCUUAAAAAAAAAAAAAAGAAGGAAGGAGGCUUAUUUUGGCUCAGGCUUUGGAGGUCCAAGAUAGAUCAGGCAGCCCCGUUGGUGAAGCCUGCAAUAGGGGCGGUGGUGGGGCAUGGAGUGUAUGCAGAGAGGAAUCACAGGGCAGCCUUGAAACAGAGAGUGGGGUUGUGAAAAUUGCCUAGAAACUCUGCCAGCCCCAUCUUCUAAAGAUUCACUGCCUCCCGCUGGCAUCACCCUGACAAAGCCUUUAGCCCAUGGACUUUUGGGAAACACCCAGACUAAAUCUAGAGUUCAGAGACAGUCUUGCCCUGGGCUGCUUCACACCAGCCAGCAAAUCUGCGCGAGGCUCAGGCGCAUGUUCCCUCCCCUGGAGUCCAAGUAUCCCAGCGAUCGGAUCUAACAGCACCAUGUGUAACGGAUGUCAUUCCUCUGUCCUCUCCUGAACAGGAAUGUCGGUUUUUCAGUUUCUUGCUAGUGACUUCGGGUGUCGCGGUACAUGGCGUUGUCUCCUGCCGUGCUGAGAGGACGCUCCCGAGGACACUGCAGCAGCACAGUGAAAGCGGACCUGUUUUGAGCUCUGCUGGACAGACCCUAGUCAGGAGUGAUGCCUCCAGGCAGGUGGUACACGGUCCAUCCUGCUCAGGCCCAUGCCUCAAGGGAGCGUGGGCGCUUUCAGGUGGUCAAGAAAGAGUAUGAGGAUGAAGGCUACGUGUCAGUACAGCCUGCCAGGCCACAGACACUCAACCGUCCUGGCCAGGAGCUGUUCCGACAGCUCUUCAGGCAGCUUCAGUACCAUGAGUCUUCUGGACCCCUAGAAACACUGAGCCGGCUGCGGGAGCUCUGCCGCUGGUGGCUGCGGCCUGAUGUUCUCUCCAAGGCCCAGAUGCUGGAGCUGCUGGUGCUGGAGCAGUUCCUGAGCAUCCUGCCUGCGGAGCUGCGGACCUGGGUGCAGCUGCAUCGCCCCGAGAGCGGUGACGAGGCUGUGGCCCUGCUGGAGGAACUGCAGAAGGAUUCUGAUGGGACUUUGUGGAGGGACCCAGGCCCUGUCCAGAGCCAAGAUGUGCAUUGGAUGGGUACAGGAGCCCUGCGAGCCACAAAGCUAUGGCCCCCUGCUUCACCUCUCAGGAGUGGUCCUGCUCCGGGGGACCAGCUGGAGCCUCCCUAUGAAAUAGGAGUGCGUGACUUCCUGGCUGGGCAAUCCGAUCCCCAUGCUGCCCAGGUGCCUUCCCUUUCCCAGAGAGAGGGGAGCCCUGGGGACCAAGCGAAGGCAACAAGCUCCCCACCAGCCCAGCCCCAGGCAAUUUUGACUUUCAAGGACGUGGAGGUGAUCUUCUCCCAGGAUGAGUGGGCACUGCUGGACUCGGCUCAGCGGAACCUGUACAGGGAUGUGAUGCUAGAGAAUUACGGGAACGUGGCUUCUCUGAUGGGACCAUUCUCCAAACCUGCUCUGAUCUCCUGGUUGGAAGCAAGAGAACCAUGGGGCCCAAAUGUCCAGGAACCCCAAGCUAAGAGAGGGCCAGCUGAUGCUCCCACUGGUGAUGAGCUCCAGAUUCAGACAGACAAGUUCAUCUUAAAACAGGAGCCUUUGGAAGAAGCAGAAACCUGUGCUGUGUUAGCCGUGUGUCCUGUAAUCAGUGUUUCUGAGGGAACGGAACUGCAAGAAUCUUCUGAGCCAAAGAACAGGUCAAAUGAACAGUGUGGAAAUGUACAAGUGGGAGAUAAAAAAGAGGAGACUGAUUGCAGUGACGGAUAUAAAAAGGAACCACAAAUACCAGGAGGAGGGAAUAGUAGUGAAGUGAAACAUGUUACCUAUAUGCCAGUUUCCAAAAGAAAGCAGUCCCUUAAACAUGGCUGUGGCAGAUACUUCAGAACGAGUUCACACCAUUAUGACUACAAGAAGCAUGGGAAAGCGCACAGACGCAUGCUCGGGAGCUUCAGCCUACAUCAGAGAAUGCAUACUGGGCUCAAAGGCAACGAGAAGGAUCUGUGUGGAAAAGGCUUCAGCCUCAGCUCUCACUCCCAGCACGGGCAGAGUCUUCACUUGGCAAGGAUGCUGUUCAAGUGUGGUGACUGCGGGAAGACUUUCAGCCGGAGCUCCCAUCUGGCGUAUCACCAGAGGCACCACACUCAAGAGAAACCGUUUAAAUGCAGGGUGUGUGGGAAAGCUUUUGGAUGGAGCUCAAAUUGUGUGCGGCACGAGAAGAUUCACACUGGGAUGAAACCUUACAAGUGUAGUUUAUGUGAGAAAGCUUUCCAGCGUCUGUCAGCCUACCGUCUGCAUCAGAAAACCCAUGCAAAACGCAAGUUUCUGGAGUCAAAAACGAAUCCGUAUGAAGAAGUUCUCAACUGCAGUACAGAGUUUGCUUAUCAUUUGCAAGACCAAGAUGGUGGGAGACCCUUUGACUGCAACCAGUGCAGAAAAUCCUUCCAUUGUAAAUCGUACGUUGUGGAACACCAAAGGAUUCACACCCAGGAGAAACCUUAUAAAUGCACCACAUGUAGGAAGACUUUUCGGUGGAGGUCCAACUUCACUCGUCAUGUGCGGUCGCACAGAGAGGAACAGUUAUUUAAACAACAGGAAUGUCAGGAAGACUUAAGGCAGGAGAACUACAGGGAACCUCAGGACGCAGCCACUGGGGAGAAAACUUUCCCCUGUCAGCAGUGUGGGAAAACUUUUACUCGAAAGACAACCCUUAUAGAUCACCAGAGAGUUCACACCGGGGAGAAACCCUACCAGUGUGGCGACUGUGGGAAAGCCUUUGCCUACAGGUCGGCCUUCAUUGUUCAUAAGAAGAAGAAGCAUAACAUGAAAAGAAAAGCUGAGAGUGCUCCAUCUUCUAGUCAGGACAGUGUGCUCCAAGUUCCCCAGGACAGCCACACUAAGGAGGAGCCCUACAAAUGUAGCCAGUGUGGGAAAGCCUUCCGCAAUCAUUCCUUCCUUCUCGCCCAUCAGAGAGUCCACACCAGAGAGAAGCCUUACAAGUGCAGGGAGUGUGGGAAAGCCUUCAGGUGGAGCUCCAACCUCUACCGCCAUCAGAGGCGUCACUCCUUGAAGAAACCAUAUGAGUGUCACGAAGGGCAGAAGACUCCAACUCUGAAGGCAGACAUCGUCACGGAAAAGAAACCUUUUUACUGUCAAGAAUGUGGGAAAACCUUCACACGUAAAAGAAGUCUUUUAGAUCAUAAGGGGAUACACAGCGGAGAAAAGCGCUAUAAAUGUAAUUUGUGUGGGAAAUCUUAUGAUAGAAAUUACCGCCUCAUUAACCAUCAGAGAGUCCACUCUGCCGAGAGGCCGUUCAAGUGUCAGUGGUGUGGGAAGGAUUUUGUUGGGAGACACACCCUUUCUCUUCAUCAGAGAAAACACAGCAGAGCAACGCAGUCUGGGUGCAGCUUGCCUGGGUUAUCUUCCGCUCAGGACACAGGACUGAGUAUGCAGGAAUUAAAACCCAGUGGAGAAAUGUCCCUGAAAGAUCGUAAGGAGGUUGGUGACCAGAGCUCCAGGCACCCCAAACUGCAGAAUUUGCCCAUGGAGGGCAAGUGCCACAAAUGUAACAUAUGUGGGAAAAUUUUUGACAAGCAUUCGCUGCUCAUUAGUCAUAAGAGGUUUCAUACUCGAGAGAGGCCCUUCAAAUGCAGAGAGUGUGGCAAGACUUUCAGGUGGUCUUCCAACCUGGCCCGGCACAUGAAAAAUCACGUCAGAGAUUAGCGCAGGGCCUGACAGUGACAAUGACGAUGGGAUGGGGAAUCCCUCCUAGCUACCCUGCUAGAGAGUCUUUCGUAGUGGAGAAUGCCUCGCAAAGGACCCAGCCCUCUGUAUUUUGGAAGCUAGUGGCAGAGUUCUGAGGAUUUACAAGCUUGCUGAGGUCCCAGCCCACCUGCUAGAAAGAGGUGCUGGGACAGAGCAACAAGUUCCCUGGGGCUCCUCCAGCUCCAGGAAUGGCCUGUGCACAACAGCCCACACCACAGCUCUAAAGAAAGAGAGACCCUUUAUGGUUGUACAAAAUAUUUGCAGCCUGGUGGGCUGUAGCUGCUGAGGCUAGUUGGAUUCUGCGUUUCUCUUUGAGCUUGACCUGUGACAGUUCCUGUCCUGUUGAUACCAGAAGUAGCAGCAGCAGCAAGAAUUGAUCUCUCUAGAUGCCUCCUGGGACUUUUCUGGCUGGACCUUCAACUUCACGAUUGGCUUAGUGUGUCUCAUCAGGAAGAGGCAAGCAAGGUGCCAGGCUCAAAUGCUUGGAGAAUGGAGCUAUAUUGGUGCCUCACCGCCAUCUCCACCAUGCAGGUCUACACAGGCAGCAGCAGAAAUGUGCUGAACUCCUCCCUGACACAGGCACGCAUGUGAGUGGUGUGUCCUGUCCUGGGUCUUCACAGACAGGAAACAAAUGAGGGAUACAUUAUUCUGGAGAGUGGUGUUGUAUGGUGGGUGAAGUGAGCCAGAGAGGAGUGAGGCGUGCUGCGUCAGUGGGCUGAUCAGGAGGAGUCACUACUGAGAAGGUCACUUUUCAGUCCAGUCUUCCAAGAGGCGAAGAAGUAAACCACGUGGCUGUCUAGGGAGAGGAUUCCAGGCAGAGGACCUGGGGUCUUUUCUGAUAGAAAGGAACCCUGGUGUAGAAUGGAGUUUACCGAGCGGAAGGGGAGGCAGAGGCUGUGGACUCGAUGGGCUGGCCUGAGUGGGCGUCGUGGAUCACUGUAGGGCUUGGACUCCCUCAGAGAGGGCAGGAGGGAGGGGUCUUAGGGAUAGUUCUUGACUGAGUGAUGCGAUUUGAAUCUGAAGCAUUCUGCAAGGGUUACUCAAGAGAUUCAUGUCUCAGUAAGAGAGCAUGGCUCUAAGACUUAUGAAAUUAUUUCUACCAGUGUCCACGAUUGGCACUUUUUAACCCAGUUUGUGAGUUUUCUGGAAGAUCUUGAGCACUCACCAGCAAGACUUACUUUUGUAUCUCUCUACCUAGUCUCAGAACUCUGCAGGUACACUUUCACCUCUAUUGCCCUUUUGGUGUGUGAGAUCUGGUGCUGGCAUCAGGUUCAACCCAAAGGUACCACUGUCACAUGCGUGUUGCCCCUGGAAGAGGAUGACCUGGUGGGAAAGGGGCCCCUUCUCCCUUGUCUACCUACUGGCAUUGAAGCAAAAAGCAAGAAUCAUCAUCUGUGACAAAUGUGAAGGAGCAACACUUCUGGGAUAUGUAUAAAUGUGUUGAAGAGCACAGAUUAUAAAUGUGACUACAUCUCUCUGCUAUAAGAAAGUCACCUUUUCACAGUGCAGGCCAUUUCUUGUAUGAGAAGAAACCAUCUUGGACAGUCUGUUGGUAGAGUAAUAGUCACAGUGUCCUGUGGUUUGCCGUGGCAGGUGAACAUGCUGCUGCAGAGUGGAGUCACAGUGUGAGGAGUGGGUGGAACAGGCAUCCCCUGUCGGUGUCCUGGCUUUGCCAUCCCCUUGCCUUUAUAAAGCAGUGACUAACCAUGACCUGGAAUCAGGUGCUUCUUUGCCUAACAGAGCUGCCCCAGACUGGCUCUAGAAAUGACAGAGCAGAAGCCAGACACCUGUGUUCUGGCCCCAGGAUUAUGGGAAGAGCUUGGAGUCAGAUCUGGGUGCCGAGCUCCUCGUGUCUUCCUGGCACAGCGGUGUUGGUUAUCAGAUUCCUGUGCCAAUCUUCCUCAGUUUACCUCACUACACUGCCCGACUCCGGUUGAUGAGGGCUGUGGAUUAUAUCUCUUACAACAGAGUCCUCACAGAGGUCCAGCCUCCCUGCCACACCCCAGCCCCCAUGCCCUCAUGUUGGUUGAUGUUACAACCAUAGAAAUAUACUUUAGUCCAUCAUUUUACUACUCCUUCUGUUAUCUGGUACUUUGUAAAGUUGCUGCCCCAGCAGAGAUGUUUUUACUGUCAUUUUUAUAGAAUAAGAUGGGCUUGCACAUUUAAAAUAGGUUUUAAGUCAAGAUCAGCAGAAAUCAUUCCAUGUAGAAAUAAGCUGUCAGUAUUUUUGAAUUUUACUAAUGCAAUCUAUAAUCUGAAUUUUCUAAUAGUUCUUUUUAUAUGCAACCUAUUCUAGAAAAAUGGGUAAAUGCAGAGUGAAAACGUAGAAGCAAAAGUCUGACUACUGGGAGUGAACUGCUAGGCAUUUUGAUGUAAUCAGCGUCAGAUUUGCCUUGAUUGUUCCUCCACGCACACCUCUGACUCUUGCCUCAUGCUGUGUCUUUCACUUGGAGUGCCACAACUCUGCCCCUGUUGAGUCGGAUCCGUCUAAACCUUUUCCUCUAACCCCUCAUGUCUGGAGCCUGUCUUGCUCACUUAGGUAUUGUCUGAUUUCCCAGUUACACCCAUCACCACAGCCAAACCGAUUUAACUGUGGAGUCCUGGGUUUGGGACUUAAUUCAUGGCCACAUACUUGAUCUUAGCCAGAAAGCCGAGAAAUGAUCCGUGGCCACACAGUGGAGCUUCUGCACAAGAUUGCCUAUGUUAAAUCUAGAACUGAAUUUAAGUCAAGUUUGGAGUUUUUGGAAGGAGCCCUUGAGUAUAAUGUUGAUGUGUGCCACCCAAGAGCACACAGCUGCUGGUUAGGAGUCAAGGUGUUGAUGGCUCUGAGUUUUGAUCGUCCCAGCCUAACCUGGAGAGCAUGCAUGCUGUUUCUAGCCCUGCCCAUUUCUCUGCAACCUUGGAGGAACUGAAGUUGGGGUUUGGGAGAAUUGGACCAGGGAAGUCACGAAGAAGAGUGGAUAUCAGAUCUUUUGAUCACUUGUUAGGUGAAUUCAGCCCUACUGUUAGUGACAGACUGUUAGACCAGAGGGAGGCAUGUGCCAAGAACAGUGGAAAUUUAAACAAAGAAAGAAACAACAAAAAAACCUCAUUGUUAUGAAAUUGACAUAUUCUUGAAAACUUAAGUAUGAAUAAGUGUGUUGAACAAUAGAAAUUCACACUGCAUCGAGAGUGGAAAUUAUGACAAUGAUUAUGCCACGGAGUGUGUGAAAUCUUGUGAAGACGUGAGCUUUCUGCUCGCCAGCAGCUGCACUCCUGGAUGUAUCCUACAGCAACCCCAUGUGAAGAAAGAAGUGACUAAGAUGGCUUAUUGCAGUAUUAUUUAGGUAGCAAGAUUGGGAAAAACCUACAUUUUAUCACAGAAGAACCAGUAAAUGUUUUCUGAUACUUUAGAAAGAGAGCUAUGUGUUUGCAGAAACAAGUCCAAACCAUGCAGAGAAAGUAAACUGCAAUAUACUACUUCUGUAAAAUUAAAUGUUCUGUGUUUCUAAGUACAUGAAAUUGUGUUUCACGUUCUGUUAAAUAGUAGUAUCAGCCACACAGUGAUUAGGGGUGGGGGGCCGUUAAAGAAGUAAUGCAUGUAAAGCACUUAGGAUAGUGUCUGGCAUGUGUGCGUUGGCAUGUAACAGACAGUGGCGUUACUGUUCUGCACAGUAGUUUCCGUGGAAUCAAAUGAUAAAAUAUGAGUGUAAAGUCACAUGUUGGAAUGAUCUGUACAAGUUGCUGCUCUGCCUUCCUCCAGGGCAGGAGAGGCGGGUGAGCCUGGGGAGGGGCCAUGGAAGUAACCUUACUGUUUCUUUUUAGAAAUUGAUACAGUUGCAUCAGAAUGUUAAGCCUUUAACAAGAUAAUGUAAUGGGUUCUUUUUAACUAUCAGCUUAAGAUAUUUCAAAAUAAAAGUAUUUUUAAGCACGGUCUCUGGCAUCUUGUGCCUGCAUAGGAGUCCUAGUUCUGCCAUCUACAUGAUGUUGCUCAGAGAGAGCUGUUGGCUCUCAGGGCUUCGGUGUCAACACAAGGGGAGGUUGAACAUCACGGGGCCUUUGUGAUGGAAUACUGCAAAUGAUGUUCUCUGUGUAUUGACACAUGAUCUCCACGCAUUGACACAUGGCAUGCAGCUUAUAAGAAAUUGCAAGCUCCAUUUCCUUUGACUUUUCAUUGGCAAGGAAGAGCAGCCAAAUCCGGAAAUUACAAUAUGUAAUUUUGGUGAGGAUUUGGGAUCCUGAGGAGGACAGAGAUGAUUCUCAGCCAUGCUACUUUCUGCCACACCUGCUAAGUUAAUAUUGAGAACAACAAGGUCUAUAUCAGCCUGGGCAUUGGAGAUGGAAACUGUGCUGAUUUUAACAAUGAAUUGGAAGAGUUAUUCAGAUAACGUUGAGAAACUGGAGAGAUAUGAGGGAGGUAGCAUCCUGCAGGACAAUCUGGGCUGAGGAAGCUAAGUCUCCUCCAUUUAAUAUUUGGCUGUUGACAGCUUUCAAACUCUGCGCCUUAUUUUGCCCCACAAGUGAGUAAACUGACAAAGCAGAGGCACACCAUCAUAGUGCCAGGCAAGGGCAGUUCAAAUUAUGCAAGCCCUGGCGUUUACCAGUGUGCUGAGCCCUCUGGACAAUAAAAACCAGAGCAAU